ACACAAGCCCUAAAUUGAAAAAUCAAUCCACCUCUAUUGAAUUGAUCUUGAGAGAAACAUCCAUUUUCUUCACGACAACAUCAAACCGACAAAAUGGCACCAGCAAACACCGGCGCAAAGAAGCAAAAGAAGAAGUGGUCCAAGGGAAAGGUCAAGGACAAGGCUCAACACGCCGUCAUCCUCGAUAAGUCCACUUCCGACAGACUCGCCAAAGAUGUUCAAUCCUACCGUCUCGUCACCGUCGCUGUUUUGGUCGAUAGAUUAAAGAUCAACGGAUCUUUGGCCAGAAGAUGUUUGAAGGAAUUGGAGGAGAAGGGACAAAUCAAGAUUGUUGUCAAGCAUCACGCCGGUGAUAUCUACACCCGUGCUAUCCAAGCCGACGAGUAA